AUGCUUGGGAAUGAUAAGGAGAAGCAUAACGAUGUGAAAAAAUGCUUUUCGACUUAUGUAAAGGGAAGGGUUGAGGCUGCUGGUCUAUUGCCUUUGUUGACAUGCAACCUUCCCUCUGUUGACAAGACCAUGCUAACAACGUUUAUAGAGAGAUGGCAGCCGGAGACAUCAUCUUUCCAUAUGCCAUUUGGGGAAAUGACCAUCACACUGGAUGAUGUUAGUUCUUUGCUACACAUUCUUGUGAAGGGAAAAUUCUUCACUCUCCCAGUCCUGACUCGUGAGGAUGCAGUCAGUGCAUUGCAUAAACAGCUUGGUGUUACACAAGCAGAUGCUGAAGAGGAGAUCCGGAAGUCCUUAGGACCUUAUGCUCGUUAUACAUGGUUGUUAAAAGUGGCUGAGGACAUGGCUAAGGAAGGGAAGACCAAGAAAGCUGCUAGAGCCUUCUUGCUGCGUUUGGUGGGGAUGACGAUCUUCUGUGGGAAGACAAACAACAAGGUGGAUGUUGCAUAUUUGGGGAUGUUCAUGGACUUGGAAAAGGUUGGGGAGUAUGCAUGGGGCGCCAUGGCAUUGGCUUUCCUUUAUGACCAGCUGAAGGACGCCACCAAGGUCGGCACCACUAGUCUUGGAGGAUACUUAAAUCUGUUUCAGGCAUGGAUAUUUGAACACUUCCCUGCUUCAUUGUUUGAUAGAAACCUGAACAGGAAAUACAGUGAGAAAGACCCGCGAGCUUGCAAAUGGGUCACCAAGAGGGGGACUGUGGACCUGCAUGCAAAGAGGCUAAUCCUAGAUGACCUUAGGGAUAACAAUGUUAUAUGGACUCUAUAUGACGGGCAUAGAGUGGAUUGGCCCUUUCAGCAGGAGUGUCUUUACAGUGGGUGGAUUCGACAUUCAGGCAUCAUCCGGCCAUAUCUGCCAGAGCGUGUGUUGAGGCAGUUCCAUAUGCUCCAGGAUCAACCCAAUUUACCACCGGCAAACAUUCUCCUUGUUGAGGAUAUUGAUGAGAGGUUUGAGAACAUGGCUCAUUGCGUGGCUGCACAACAUACUGACACUCCAACAGCAACGCCUCGCUACUUUGAGUGGUACAAGUCAAUCUCACACCGCUUUGUGGUCCCUCCUGAAACAAGAGGUCCUGUGGCAGUAACUCUUGUGGAUGUUCUCAAACAAUUACGGGAGUUGAGUGAUAUCACAGUAGACCCCAGUGAGACCCCUCAGCGGAUCCUCGAGGCAAACCAGCGUAUGCGGGAUAUCAUAAUGCAGCACUUGGAGUAUGGCGGUGAUGAUGAUGACAGUGGCAGUGGCAAUAGAGUUGCACCUCAUGGUGGUGGUGGCCCUGACAGAAAGAAGAAAGGAAAAGCAUCUACCUCGAAGACUAGUUAG